AGGACACCCGCUAUACUUUUACCAGCCAUCUUCGUGCUGCUUUACUUGGGAAGAAAAUUCAGACCUACAUAGAUAACAAUCUUGAGAGAGGAGAUGAAAUUGCACCUGCCCUUCUCGAAGCAAUCCAAAACUCAAAGCUUUCGGUAAUCAUUUUCUCACAAAACUAUGCUUCUUCCACUUGGUGUUUGGAUGAACUUGCACAUAUACAUGGAUGCAAGGAAAGAGAUGGGCAGUUUGUUAUACCCAUAUUUUACGACAUCGAUCCAUCACAUGUAAGAAAACAGCAGGGGAGUUAUGCAGAUGCAUUUGCACAACUGGAAGAACGUUUCAAGGAAAGUAUCGACAAGGUGGACAAGUGGAGAGUUGCUUUGACGAAGCAGCCGAUCUAUCUGGGUUUGAUAAUUCUAACAGAACGUUUCAAGGAAAUCCUGAUUUCCUCGUUUGCUUAACCACAUUGCAAGAAUUAGAUCUAAGUGGAACCAUGAUUGAGAGCAUACCUGCAACCAUCAAACAAUCUUCUGAGCUGUCUAUCCUGCACUUAUCCAAUUGCAAGAGCCUUCAUUCUUUACCAGAGCUCCCAGUGCUAACUUGUGUUGAAGCACAUGGCUGCACGUCAUUGAAGACGGUAGCGUCAACUUCGAGGACAGCGCUCACACAGGGUUGGGGUGAAUAUUUACCUUUAAUCAGGCUUGACGAGAAAUUUCUAUUUUCUAAUUGCCAGAACCUGGAUCAGAAUGCAUGUAGCAACAUAAUGGCUGAUGUACAUCUCAGAAUUAUGCCAAUGGCAACCGCAAUAUCAAAGUUAAGAGAAGAAAGAGAAUAUGAAAGAUUUGGCUCAGUUUACAUUGUAUGUCCAGGAAAUGAAAUUCCAAAUUGGUUCAUCUAUCAAAAUGAAGGAUCUUCCAUAAAAAUCAAGCUUCCUUCAAACUCUCUUGGUACUGAUUUCCUCGGCUGUGCUGUAUCUGUUGUUGCUUUCGACAACUAUACUUCUAAACAUUUGGGCGGUGCUACAUGGUGUUUGGCGCUUAAUUGUAGACCCAAAUAUAAAGUAGAUGAUGUUGUGUUGGCUUUGAAUGCAAUGGUGAUGCCUUUGCUGAGUAUGGGCAACCGUGUCACUGAUACCUCAUUUGACUUCUACCAAAUGGAUCAGUAUCUUCCUGUAGACUUGUACAAGGAUCCGUUUUUUCCUGCAGACUUCCAAAUGGAUAUGAAUGAUCUCCCCUACAGGCCCGUUUACCAUCUCCAGGUGAAGACGAAGAAGUGUGGGAUCAGCCUGCUGUAUGCCCAAGAUGCUGAGAAAUUAAAAUCUCAUGUCGUGUCGUGUCGGCAGAACAGAGAGUAG